AUGUGCGAGAUCCUGUAUUUGAUUCGGAGUCUGAUGCUAGACACUUUCCCGGACAAGAUACCACCAGAGCAAAGAGACCAGCCUACACGAUUACGCAAAGUAUGCUCGGAAGAAAGGCCAAGCAAGAAACUGGCAAAUCUGAAGGAAGGAAACACCCUGGUGGUGCCCAGUCUGUACAGUUCCACUGAGUCGCUGAGUGAGGACGCGUUCGGGCCGACCCUGGAGAAGCGAGGAGGGCGGGAGAAACGCCUGCUGAAGACGCUGGGUAUAGGCGCGUUGGGGGUGAAGGCGGCUAAGGCCGUGGGGACGAAGGUGGUGGCCGCGGGGGCUAAGGCAGUGGGGGCUAAGGUGCUCAAGACCGGGGCGGCCGUUAAGGCAGCGACCCUCGGAGCCGUUGGGCUCAAGGCUAAAGCCAUCGGUGCUAAAGCCGUCACCGCCGUCGUUGCUCUCGGCAUCAAGGCGCUGAUCUUCAAGCUGCUCUUUGGGCUGACCAAGUCAUCCCUGCAGCCAAGAAAACAGCCUGUUGCUACUUCUACGACAGCUCCAGGAGAAGAGGGUGAGAUCCCCGAGUUUGACCCAAACAAAAUAAGUCUCCAGGUUCCUGAUGAGGUGUUUGCUCCGGCGUUUAACUCUGUCAACAGCAUCUCCACCAUCAUAGGCAAUCUCAUUCAGAACACUGCUGAAAGAGUAGCCAGACUCGUGGAAAGACUAAAGCCUCUGUUCCGUUCCUCGUUGGGGUUCCGGUCACGGAAGAGGCAGACAGAGCAGGCGGAAGACAGUCCGCUAGACGAAGACAAAGACAAUGAGACCACAUUCUUCACAGAUGAGACGCAGGAGAUCCAAGAGACAGCUGGUAGUGAAAGUGAGGUCCAAACUUUCGAGACAGCUGAUAUUGAAAGUGAGGUCCAAACUUCCGAGACAGCUGAUGAGCCUAAACUCCGCAGCCCUAUCAGAUCCAGCUACGCUGCGCUCGUAAACAACAGCUAGCCCCGCCCUUGCUCUCCGGGGACACUAAUGUUACCAAAUAGUUCUAACUCAUGGCAGUGUUUCAUUGAGGGUUGAUGUAUCGCAUUUAUAUCAUCUCAUUAUUGACAUAUGUAUAAUAUCAUUUUCUCAUUCAUACCAAUCACAACUUCAUCUUAACCUAGUGAAGACGGUGCCAAAGUGUUUUAUUACCACAAAACUUUCAAAAUUAUUACAAUUUUUGAAGCAUUUCUCUCCAGAAACGUAACAAUAAAUUGCAUAAAAUAGUUUUACCAAAUUUAAAUGUAAUUUCACAGCAAGAUCGCCAUAAAUACGCUAAAAUACGGGAAGGUGUCCGUGCCAUUUCCUAAGAAACUGUGAUAAUCAAAUUGCAGCAGUAUCAAAGCUCAUGUUGUUCCUGAACAGUUGUUCGUAACGCUACAGUAAUUUCAUUAUAGAAAGCUACAGUACUGUAACAGGUAUAUGAUGUGUUAUUGUAACAAAUAAUAGUUUUAAUAAUAAUAGCUAUACAAUCUUUAAUUUUAAAUAAAUAAUGUCAGUAAACAUUAA